AUGAACCCAUAUUAUCCACCAGGCUAUAUUCCUCCACCAGGUGUCUAUCCACAACAAUAUGGAUAUCCAACAGUUUCAGUAGUACAACCAACAGUUGGAUAUACUAUUCCACCACCAGUAGUCUAUCCACAAUAUAAUGCAUAUCCACCAGCACCUGUUUACGGUAUGGGUAUGGGUGUACCACAACCAAUGUACCCAACUGGUAUGGGUCAAUCACUUGCAACACCUACUACAUAUCCUGGUCAACCGGUCCCUAUCGGUGUCAACUAUAGUAAUAGAAGUGCCUCUGGUCAUAAAUUCAAAGGCAAUUUUAGAAUCAAGAAUGAAAGAAGACACUUUUUCCAAUGA